AUCAAUUACUGCAACAAUGGCGAUUCGUCAAUUUUGUGUUCUCGCAUUGAUUGGAUUGCUCAUUGCUGGUACAUUUGCGGCAGAUUCACCAGCUCCUUCUCCUUCUUCUUCUCGUAAAAUUACUCCUUCAAGCCCUAAAGUUUCUCCGACGACCGCUCCUGCUCCCAAAUCCUCCUCUCCAUCAACCAGUCCAGCUCCUGAAUCUUCCACUCCAUCUGAAUCUCCUUCCGAAGAACCUGUGGUGAGUGAAGGUCCGUCACCGGCUGAAGGUCCUGUCUCUGAUUCUCCUCCGGCUCCACCGUCCGAUUUCUUUGCUCCUGGACCUGAAACUGAAGUUGGAUUUGGUGAUAUGGUGCCCGUGCCUACACCUAGCGAUGGUUUCUCCACUAAGGUUUCCGUUCUCGGUGUUGCUGCUCUGGCCGCCGUCGUCGAGUUGUUCUUGUUUUAA